AAAAUAAAUGAAAAAAUACUAAAAUUGUAUAAAUAAAUACAACUUGAUAAAGAUUAAAGAUAAUUAUAAUCCUAUAUUUAAUAUUAUAUUAUUAUUAUUAUUGUAAAUGUGUUUUUUAAAGAAAAACAGUAAUACUUAUUUAGACAAAUUGCAUAUAUAGUUUAAAUGUCACGUGUCUCGACGAAAUACAUUGUUAUAUUACUCUAAAUAAUAAUCGUUAUUCCUGUGAAAGUAAUAUAAUGUGUCAAUAAUUAUGGUAUUUUUGUUUAAAUUUCUACGGUUUACACAAUGCGCUUUUUGUCCAAAAUUAUCAUACCGGAAUAGUACAUUAAGAUAUUUAUGUUCAAUUAAAAGCAAAAGAAUAAGAGUUAGAAUGGAAAAUGCACCACCAUCCAGAGAUAAUCCCAUCAUCAUGAAAUUGGAUAAUUCUAUAUUUCAUUCUAUUUUCACACCGGAAUUAAAUGUUUUGUCAGAGUUAUUUAAAAAAUAUAAUUAUCCAUUGAGAAUUGCAGGAGGUGCUGUACGUGAUAUUCUCAUGGACUUAAAGCCAACAGAUCUUGAUUUCGCUACUACUGCUACGCCAGAAGAAAUGAAAAAUUUAUUUACAAAGGAAGAAAUAAGAAUGAUAAAUGCAAAUGGUGAAAAACAUGGUACUAUUACCGCAAGAAUUAAUGACAAAGAAAACUUUGAAAUUACUACUCUGAGAAUUGAUGUUGUAACUGAUGGUCGACGUGCCGAAGUAGAAUAUACCACUGAUUGGAAAUUAGAUGCUAAUAGACGAGAUCUUACUAUUAAUUCAAUGUUUCUUGACCUUACGGGCAAUGUAUAUGAUUAUUUUUAUGGUUACGAUGAUCUAAAAAAAAGAAGAAUUGUUUUUGUAGGUGAUCCUACAACCCGAAUACAAGAAGAUUAUCUUAGAAUCUUGAGGUUUUUUCGAUUCUAUGGUAAGAUUGCAAACAACCCCAAUGAGUUUGAUGAACAUACUAUAAAGGCAAUAAAGGAAAAUAUUUCAGGCUUAGAAUUUAUUUCUGGUGAGCGAAUAUGGUCUGAAUGGAAAAGAAUUUUAGAUGGAAAAUUUGGUGGAGAAUCAACAAUGAAAUUGAUAGAAUGUAAUGCUACAUUAUAUAUAGGGCUCCCAAAGAAACCAGAUAUAGAAAAUUUUAAGAAAGUUUAUUAUCGUGCGUUGAAUAAUUCACUUAAAUUACAUGCUAUAACUUUAAUUGCUUCAUUGUUGAAAGAUGAAGAAGAAGUAAUGCAUUUGCAUAGUAGAUUGAAGUUUUCUGCUUAUGAAAGAAAUUUAGCAUUAUUUUUAGUUCAACAUAGAGAACCAAAACCUUGUGAAAAACCAUUGAAGCCAUAUCAGCUUUUAAUAUUAAAUUCAAAGCUUAAAAUAUCAGAUACAAAAGAAUAUGUAUGCGAAUUGUUAAAAUAUAAAGGAAUGGUAGAAUUCUAUAAUAAUAUUAAUAAGUGGACAGUUCCUAAGUUUCCAAUAAAUGGUCAUAUGGUGAAAUCGUAUGUAUCGAAUGGAAAAAUGAUUGGACCAGUUUUACAAAAAUUAAAAGUAUUAUGGUUUGACAGUGAUUACAAAAUGAGUUCAGGUGAACUUAUAAAACAUAUAGAACCAAUAGUACAUGAACUGGAUGAAAAUAAAAAAUAAAUUUAAAAAAAA